AUGAAAUACUCCGGGAUUAUAGCAGCCUUCUUGGUAUUAUUGGAGGGUCGACAAGCGGCAGCAUUCUUCGUCCAGAAACCAUAUGAAAGCACGAGAAUUCUAAGACCACAUGCGGUUAGAGUAAACACCCAUGACCUCAACAAAAGAGACACUGCGCCUGCCUUUGAGUCUUUACAAGACGAAUGGUCAGCUGGAGUUGUUGGGGUGCAAGCCAUGCGAUUUGAAAAGUCGACUGCGGUUGCAGAGAUUUGCAAAAAGGAUGUUCACAACAUCGAAACUGCAGGCCAGUUGUACCAACUUCAGCAAAGUUGUAGAUCUAUUUCUGGAACUUUGCAAAUUGUCGAUUUUAUGGAUCCGGUUAUAGACCUAGGUGGAAUUCAAAGCAUCAACGGUGAUCUUAUUAUUGAAAACCUUCCCGAGGUUGUGCGAAUUCAAGGGCAUAAUCUCGCUAGUGUCGGAGGAACAUUCAAGAUCGACAGCUUGACAUCUUUGACAAGUGUUUAUCUUCCAGCAUUGCACCACUUUGAUGUGAUGGAGUGGAAGGUUGUUCCAACUUUAACAUCUCUAAGCUUAGCUCCUAAUAUCAGCCACGCAAAAAAAGUGACUAUAUCGGACACAUCGUUGGUUGGCAUCGAUGUCCUAGAAAACAUUGAAGACCUCGAGAUUUUGAACAUCAACAAUAACAGAUACAUGGAGUAUGUUAAGAGCAACGUCAAGCAAGUUCACGAGCAGCUAAGCAUUUCCUCCAACGCCAGAGAGCUUCAGGUUGAAAUGCCUUCGUUGCUGUGGGCUAAUAACUUGACCGUCAGGGAUGUUGCCUCCAUUAACUUUCCUCGCUUACAACAUGUCAACAAAUCGCUGGAAAUUAUCGAGAAUAACUUUGAGUCAUUCGAAGCUCCGCUAUUGAAAACUAUUGGGGGCACGCUAGGAGUGAUCCAAAACUCUCGGUUGGCUCAGGUAAAUUUCUCUAACGUUACAACCAUCCAGGGUGGCUUGAUGAUAGCCAACAAUUCCAACAUCGAAAAGAUCGACUUCUUACCCGAAUUACGCGAAAUCGGAGGAGCGAUCCAAUUUAUUGGGUCAUUCCACGACACCGAAUUCCCAAAACUGAGAUUGGUAAGAGGAAGUGCUUUAGUUAGAACCACCUCUAGCGCUUUAGACUGUGGAAAAUGGAUCACUCCCGCGACCGGAAACUCUAUCAUUCGUGGUGGCAGAAUUGUGUGUACUUCGGGUCAAUCCAGAAACAUUGCGCGCGUAAGUGAAGACGGAAAACUGUUGGAUCAUCAGGAGACUCAAUUCGACAUCAAACCAGACGCUACUGACAAGACGAACGUGGGAUCGUCAGUUGUGGAUAAGUCAAAAAUUUCCAGUUUUGGGUAUUCUCUUGCCCUCGGAUGGGCCGUGUUGAUGAUGUGUGCCACGAGUAUUCAGUAA